AUGCAGUUCCACAACGGACCCAGUGCUGUAAAGCAUCGAAAUAAGAGGCAACAUCAACAAUCCUCAUUCACAGUUCAUCCAACUUCGACUUUUCAAACACCUCAAACUCCAUCAUCACAGGAAUUAAAAUUUAAUUGCAAUGGCUUCCCAUCCGAUAAAUAUUCAGAGCUGCUUUUUGGUGAUUGUAUAUUCAAUGCAAACUAUAAGCCGAUUGCAAUUAAAACAGGGACCAAAUUGAAAUCUGUUGAAUGCAAUCAACUCGGCACAAAAGCAACCGGGAUUUGCAAUAAUUGCCAAUCUACAAUGAACCACCUUGAUCAAAUUAUUUCAAAGAAAGAUGUUAUUUUCCAACAAAUUGCUGAUGGAGUUCGUCCCGCACCUAAAAGUUUACUUGCGUAUCCUUUACUCAUGUAUGAAAUAAUUAGCAAGUUAGUGGUUCAUUCAAAAGAGUUAACUGAGACCGAAUCUGAAUUAGUGUCAUUAUUUCGACAAGCCUAA